AUGGACGCAAAUCAAAGUGAAUUUUCCCCGGAUUGCAAAAUUUGUUUUGAGGUCUACUCAAGGGACAGAAUGCCUAUCACAUUAAGAUGUGGUCAUACUAUAUGUGUUGUGUGUAAAGACAUGCUCAAGCAAGGUUCUAUGCUGAAAUGUCCAAUAGAUAAACAAAAAAGUGAUAUCUCCUCCAUAAAGCCAGCUUAUGACAUGAUGACGCUUAUAGAGGACAAUGCCAGAGCAAUGCAGCAAAUGAGAGAAAAGCUGCAGAAAGAAAUGGAAGAAAGCAUGGCUAAGCUGAGAAUUCAAGAAGAGCAAAAAAAAUUAGAAGAAAUUGAAGAAAUUAAGAGGCAAGAAGAGGCAAAGUUAAAGGCUCAACUAGCUGAAAGCCAAAAGACAGAGAGAGAAAAACUGAAAUCUCAUUUUGAAGCAUAUACAGAUAAGCAUUUCAAAAAUCUAGAAGCAAAAAUGAGAAGUGGGAAAAUUGUUAUUGAUGGAUGAAAUCCACCUCCACAGCAGAGAAGAGAAAAUUUUGAGAGAGGAGGUAAUAGAAUAUAUUGGGCAUGACAAGGUGAUGACGGAAAAUUCAGAGAGUUUUCUGCUCAGCACACAGCUAUGAUCGAGUCUGCUUACAAAUCAAAUUUUGAUAAAACAAGACUUACGAAAUCCAAUUUUGAGGUUGAUUUUAUAAGGUGAAAAGAAUUUACAUUAAUAUGGCGGAGGAGAGCACCCGACCUCUUGAUGCAAUUUACUCAACAUCUGCAGGGAACGCCCAGGAGGAGGAACCAAGUCGAGAUGCAGGUUCGGCAUCCUUUAUGUAUUUCGGCAGCGGUUUUCUCCGUGCCACAGGGUAUGAUACCUGGGACAUGGGAUUUUUCCUACUGACAUGGAGUUGAAAAGGGCACAGCCGGCUAUCGGCCCCUAGAUUAGUAUGAUCCCUAUUCGAAUUAGGGGCCCUGAAGGCAGCAGGUGCCUAGCGUGAAACUGGGAGCUACGCCCCAGGCUUCAAGCUGAUAGCGAACGACGCCGCGGGAGCAAGUCAGGUUGUCGAAGCCUAAGCAAGGCAGACGGUGUCAGUAGGGCGCUUUUAAACUGAUGCGGAUUAACUUGUAGAGGUGAAAUCCUAGCCAUCUUUAAACAAGGCUCUUAAUCUUAAUAAGGUGAAAAGAGAUUGAAAAUAAUUGAAAAGAAAGGUCUAUAAAAAGAGUCAAUACAAAAGUAGGCCAGCCACAGUGGUCACUCAUGAAAAAUCCAGGAGUAUGAGUACUGUUUGAUGAACCAGACAUUUUUAACAUCGAGCAAGCUUGGGUGAAAAAUAGAAAAGACAUUAGUUUUGUAACAAUUGAAGGGACUGUUACAUGUGACUUACUCCCCCCCUCCGUGAGUGAACAAAAAAAUUUUGUUCACUCACGGGGGUUUAAUUUUUUUUUUUUUUAAAAAAAAAUUAUUUAUAAAUUUUAUAAAAAAUAUUUUUUUUCGAAAUUUAAAAAAAUCCUAAUUCGCAAAAAUUGGAAAGCAAAUAUUAAUUCCAUUUGCAAAAUUUAUGUUUUAAAAAAGCAAUUUGUUUAAAAUUAAACAGAAUUAGCUCUAGAUUUCAUUAUACUAAUUAUCAUUUAUAUAUCAAAAUUUUUUCCAUAAAAAAAUUUUUUGUUCACUCACGGAGGGUGGGUAUUUGGACAAAAAAUAGCGAUUUUUCUAAUGAUGAUUUGUUUCACUCACGGAGGGGGGAGUUAGUCAAAUUUAGUUGUAAAAUCAUGGAUCAAGAGUAUCCAAUCAUGAGAGAAGUAUUUAAUUAA